AUGGUGUUUCAAGUAAAUGUUCCUGUGGGCGAAGCUAGAAAGGGUGAAACAGCUCCCAGAAGAUACUACAAGGUUAAAGAUGCAGCGGUGCUCAAACCGAGUGACUGUAACCCGAAAACUGAAACUGUUUACGAUUACUUGGUUGAAAUGUUUGAACGACAUGAAGACAACAAGGCUAUGGCUUGGAGGGAUCUCGUUGAUAUUCAUACUGAGAAGAAGAAGGUCAACAAAAUGAUUGAUGGUGAGCUAAAAAAUAUUGAAAAAGAAUGGCAAUAUUACGAAUUAAGUGAUUACAAAUUUAUCACUUACAAAGAGCUGAAAUCGAUAAUUUUUGAAUAUGGCCGGGGCCUUGUGGAAUUAGGUAUCAAGCCGAAUCAGGAGGAACGGCUGCAUAUAUAUGCUUCAACAUCACACAAGUGGUUCCAAACAUAUUUGGCAACUCAAACUCAAAACAUUCCAAUAGUAACUGCGUAUGACACCCUCGGUGAAAGUGGUUUAACUCAUUCUUUAGUGCAGACAGGUUCUGUGGCGAUUUUCACCAACAAUGACCUUCUUCACACUCUCAUCAACCCGUUGAAGAAAGCGGUUUCGGUGCGUUUUAUUAUCCACACUGAAAAACUUGAUUCCAGUGACAAGAGAUAUGGUGGAAAACUUUACCAGGAUGCUCAAGUCGCAAUUGAUGAGAUCAAGAGAACUCAUCCCGAUAUCAAGUUCAUCUCAUAUGAUGAAAUAGUUGCCUUAGGCCGAGGCUCCAAGUUGAAUGCUAUUCCUCCCAAAGCUGAUGACCUUUCGUGUAUUAUGUACACAUCAGGAUCUACAGGCACUCCCAAAGGUGUGGUUUUAAGUCAUAGAAACGUACUUGCCGGUAUUGGUGGUGCCUCCACUUUAGUUCCUAGAAGCCUAAUUAAUGGGAAAGACCGAAUCAUUGCAUUUCUUCCAUUGGCCCAUAUUUUUGAGUUAGUAUUUGAAUUGAUCUCCUUGUGGUGGGGUGGAUGUUUAGGGUAUGCUAACGUGAAGACUUUGACUGAUGCUUCCAUCCGAAAUUGCCAAUCCGACCUGAAGGCCUUCAAACCAACGAUCAUGGUUGGUGUUGCUGCUGUUUGGGAGUCGGUUAGAAAAGGUAUUCUUGAUCAGCUGAACAAAUCCCCUUUUCUAUUACAAAAAGUAUUUUGGGGAGCCUACAAAAGCAAACAAGCAAUGAAGUACUGCCAUAUUCCUGGCACUUCAAUUAUUGAUGCGGUAAUUUUUCGCAAGGUAAAGGCUGCUACUGGUGGUGAAAUUCGCCUUCUGCUUAACGGUGGAUCACCCAUUUCUGCGGAUACCCAACGAUUUAUCACAAACCUUCUUGCUCCCAUGCUCUUAGGUUACGGUUUAACAGAGACAGUUGCUAAUACAUGUAUCACGGAUAUCGACAACUUUGAGUUUGAUGUUGCCGGUGCAUUGACUGGCGCUGUUACCGUCAAAUUAAUAGACGUUCCAGAAGCUGGUUAUUUUGCAAAGAAUAACCAAGGAGAAGUGUUGAUUCAGGGAGCAUGUGUUACAAAAGAGUACUAUAAGAAUGAGCAAGAAACUGCAAGUGUUUUUGAUUACGAAAAAGGUUGGUUCAGUACUGGUGAUAUUGGAGAAUGGACGUCGUCGGGGCAGCUAAAAGUAAUAGACCGUAAGAAAAAUCUGAUUAAAACACUGAAUGGUGAGUAUAUCGCUUUGGAAAAGAUAGAGUCCGUAUAUCGAUCUAACAGCUAUAUUCAUAAUGUUUGCUGCUAUGCUGAUCAGAAUAAAUCCAAACCAGUAGCAAUCGCUGUUCCAAACGAGACCACGUUGCGCAAGCUUGCUGUUCAACUGAAGCUAGCAAGCGCUGUUGAUGAGGUCGACUUAGCAAAGGUAGUCCACGAUUCUAAAUUGAUCUCCAAAGUACACCAAUCUCUUCUGGAGACGGCUAAGCAGCAAGGUCUAACUGGAAUAGAAUUGAUUCAGGGUGUCGUUAUUUUGGAUGAAGAAUGGACUCCUCAGAAUGGGUUUGUAACCUCAGCUCAAAAAUUGCAACGCAAGAAAAUUUUGGAGAGUGUCAAGGAUCGUGUCGAUGAAGUAUAUAGGCAAAACAGUUGA